GACCGGAGGCUUGAGUCCAUCAAGGAGAGGAGCGCUACUUUCAAGUUCAUCAACCUUGGGUCCUAUGAGGAUUGUCAUAGCAGCAAUGUCCACCUCUCUCGUCAUGGAAAUCCUAGCCCGGAGACAUCUGGGGAGCUCGAUCGGUCCAGUGUGGUUGGCGACAAUAUCGAAGAAGACACAAGAGCACUGGUGGCCCAGAUCACACGCUCUGGAAAUGAGGCCAGCAACAACAUUAUGGUCGUUGCUAUCGUAGGUGUUGGUGGGAUUGGCAAGACCACCCUCGCCCAGAAGGUCUUCAAUAACGAGGCCGUCCAAGGCGACUUUAGCAAAAAGAUAUGGUUGAGCGUCAACCAGAACUUUAGUGAGGUUGAGCUGCUAAGAAGAGCCAUCAUCGAACUCAGAGGAGGCUCUCAGCCAGUUGGAAAUGCGAAGGCCACACUUCAACGAACCCUAAAGGAAGCCUUGAUUGGCCACAAGACCUUCUUGAUAAUGGAUGAUGUUUGGAACUAUAGAUCAUGGGAGGAUGUGCUCAAAACGCCGUUAGUCAAUGCUGCUGCUCCAGGCAGCUACGUCCUCAUCACCACUAGAGAUGAAGGUGUAGCCCGAGGGGUGUCAGCUAUGUGGCCAUACCACCACGUUGACACAUUAGCACCUGACGAUGCUUGGUUAUUGCUCAAGACGCAUGUACUCUCAAGUGAGAUAAAUGAAGACCACAUAAAUACGCUAAAGCAUACUGGGCUCAAAAUUAUACAAAAAUGUAGUUAUUUACCACUUGUUGUCAAAAUAAUGGGAGGACUCUUGCGUGAAAGAGGCGGGCUACGUCGCGACUGGCAGCCUGUUCUGGAUGAUUCGAAAUGGUCAAGAACUAAAAUGGCUGAUGAGCUUAACUAUGCAGUAUACUUCAGCUAUGAAUAUAUGCCCUCUUACCUCAAGCAGUGCUUUCUGUACUACUCUCUUCUUCCUAAAAGUAGAAAGUUUAGUAUGGGUGCAGUUGUUGCAAUGUGGAUUAGUGAAGGAUUUAUUCAUGGAAAUUCAAAUGAUUUAGAAGGAUUGGGAGAAAAUUACUACAAGGAGUUGGUAUCUAGGAACCUGAUAGAGCCAGAUAAAUUGUAUGCUGAUCUAUGGGUUUGCAGCAUGCAUGAUGUUGUUCGCUCUUUUGCUCAGUAUCUCACUAAGGAUGAAGCACUCGUAGCUCAAGACGGGGAUGAUGAUAUUCUUGCUAAACUUGGUUCACAAAAGUUUCUUCGGUUGUCCAUAGAAAUUAACCGAUCACAAUCAGGUGAACUUGAUUGGAGAUCUCUACAGGCGCAGCAAUUAGUGAGAACAUUGAUCUCAAUUGUCCAGAUUAAGUUGAAGCCUGGUGAUUCAUUGGUUUCCUUUUCUUGUUUGCGGACUUUGUAUAUAGAAUCUGCAGAUAUGACUGUAUUGCUUGAAUCGUCGCAUCAACUCAAGCACCUAAGGUAUCUUGCACUAGUAAAUGAUGAUAUAUCUGUACUUUCGGGCAACAUUGGCAAGAUGAAAUUGUUGCAGUUCCUUGAUCUUUUGGGAUGUACAGAAUUGGUGAAUCUUCCUGAUAGCAUUGUGAAGCUUGGCCAGUUGAGG